AGCCAUUUGCAAAUCAAGAGUGGCCAAAGCUUGCGAACUUCUAACCCAUUGCGGUGUUUGUUUGAUUUGCUUGCUUGACAAUGGCGUGUGAAGUGAUGGCAAUUCAAGAACCAACCCAGCAGGGGCUGGGAUAUUAUGUGCCCGAGAUGCAAUCGCAGGCUCAGCAAGCCGUGGCGGCAAUGGUUGUGGGUGUCAUGAUACCUUAUGACCAGGCGAUGCAGAUGAUGCAGGUGCAAGGGCCUGUCAUCCCGCCUGAGGGACUUGUGCCGGGAGCAUCGCAGAACCAGCAGUGGUCCAAUACGUCUUCCCCCGCGGUGAGCUACUCUUCGGGACCGUACCCGGCCCACUCUGGCGGCACUUUUGCCAGCUUGGAAGAGGGCCAGUGGGACAAGACGUACCGACGCAACAGACCCCGCAAUCAGCCGAAGGCUCAAAAUGCUGCUUUGGAUAAAGAGGCAGCCCUCGGGAAGGAGUUCUGUGAUCGGCUGGACAGCAAGCUGCAGGGGGGCCAAGCGGAGCAGAAGGCUGCCUUGCAGGAGAUGCGCGGCUUGGUGUGGCAGCUUUCGCGAGAUGCAUUGGGAUGCCGUUUGGUGCAGACUGCUAUUGCAGUGGCCAGUCCCGCGGCGGCCAAGGAGAUUGCCGGCGAGCUUCGCGGCCAUGUUCGAGAAGCAGCUGCUUCGCCUCAUGCCAAUUAUGUGUUGCAGAAGGUGAUCAGCCAGCUGAGCCCUGCAUCGUUCAUCUUCAUUGCAGAGGAGCUUGUUGGAAAUGCCGCAAGAUUCGCCCGGCACCGCUAUGGUUGCCGGAUCAUCUGCCGGCUGCUGGAGUACUUGCCAAGCGAGGAGAAGUAUGCGACGAUUGUCUCGCUGGUGAUCGACGAGCUGCUGAGCAGUCUUUCCGAGGCUCAAGACCUCUGCCGGCACAACUUCGGGCAUCAUGUGGCCCAGGGCAUUCUGGAGCAUGGGGGUCAUUGGCUGCAGAGGCACAAGGAUUACCUGGCCGAAGUCCUUCAAUAUGACUUGGAGGGCAAUGCCAUGCAUCGCAGUGCCAGCUAUUUGCUGGAAUCUGCGCUGACGCACUGUAAAGUCGAGGACCAAAAGCUCUUCUUGCACUGCCUGGCCAGGGCUGAUGUUAUGCAACGCCUGGUGGGCAACAAGUUUGGCAUUUUCGUGGCCAAGCGGGUGCUCGAGCGGCCGGAAGUCGAUGAAAAGGCCUUUGCGGAGCACAUCCUCGUUGAAGAAGUGAUGAGGGGCACUGCCUGUGUCCGAGCGUGGUAGCUCGUAACUGUGGCCGGGUGUGGCGGCAUCCGAUCACAGUCAAUCUUUCGUGAAACAGAGCCUGAGUUAGUGACAGAGACUCUGUAGCGCACGUUGCGGCGCUUGGGACUUCCCCGGACUCAAAUGCUGGCUGGGGACUUGCCCGUUGUCCCGUUGUGGCGAAGUCUGCUCCAAAGUCCAACAUUGAGGCGUUGUCCGCGAUGGUCCAUGGACUCUGUACAGAUGACAGACAUGUGCAGCUUGCUGUUCUGACCUUGUUGGAGGUGUUCAGCUUGCAUUUGUCCUGGUGGCUCCUUGGCGCAGACCACUUUGAGUCUGCUUGCUGUUGUGCGUACCA